GACUGAGUCUCCAGAACCGGAUUGGAGGCUCAAUCAUACGUGUGUCGUACUUAAGUUGGGUUUGCGGCGACGUUGGUCCCUCCAUGACUUGCAGGCAGGUCUAAUAGAGGGCAUAACGUUCUAUUUUUUUUUGUUUCCAGAUGUCUUCUAUUUCAUUUUCGGAGGUUGCAGAUAUCCAGGUAUCCAAGUUUUCCAAUAUUGGCGCUUUCGCAAUUCUCAUAUUCGAUUUCUGCAUCACGUUCCAAGAUGAGGUAGAGUGGACCUGGUUUAGGCCAUGGGAUAUAACUCGUGUCAUUUUCACCAUAUCCCGGUAUCUACCUUUCAUAGGCUCUGGAUUGACUACAUAUGCUGCACUGCGUGUCAGCAGCGGGCCGCCGGCCCCCAGUCUGGCAGAAAACAUCAUUCAUAUCGUAAGUAUCAUUGCUGCGGAAGGCUUGUUGGUUAUUCGGACGUGGGCAUUCUGGAAAAGGAGCAAAAGGGUGCUGAUUGGAUUAGUAACUUAUAGCGUGGUGACAGUGAUCGCUGCCGUUUCCAUAAACAUCCUUCCGAAUCACCAGUUGAUUUCAGCAGAUGUGUCCACUAUACCUGGGCCAAGCUUUGAGUCGUCAAGAAAUGCUGCAUUAGUAUAUUCUUUUUUGGCACUUUUUGAAUGUGUGAUACUGACCCUUACGGCGUAUAAGAAGUUCAGCGAAUACCGAAGAAUUAAGAACUCCAUCAUAACCAACGUUUAUGGCGGUAGCAUGUUUUACAUGUUGUGCAUCAUCGCCGUCACAGUCACCAAUGUGGUUAUUGACGCAGUAUUUCCGGUUGGCUAUACAAAUAUCUUUGAUACGCUACAACUUGUCAUUCACAGCGUCCUAGCCUCACGAAUUAUGUUCCACCUUCGAAGUAGUCAUGAAAAUGUCUACGAGACGCAAACAUCAUCGAUGUUGAUGGUGUCAGAAGUUGUACAAUGUGGACAGCCCUCGCAAAUGCAGACGAACGAGAGAAGGAAUAAUGCUAGUAGUGAAGUCUGAUGGCAUGCAAGCGAGCUUACAUUGUCGUCAAAAUUGGACACGCUUUUGUUAGAGUCCAUUUGCAGUCUACUAACAAAUCGUUCAUAUUGUAGCUACCACAGUAUUUGAAUAAGCCAUAGACCGUCACCACUAGCACGGAAGCAAUUC